UGCUGCUGUCCUUGUAGCGAUGUGGAGAACAUAUGCCGCCUACUGAAGUCUGCAACACCUAACAGACGCAAGAUCAGUCAAGAACAAAAAGGAAACAUGGCGUCUCGCUUCCUCAAGUUUUCCGUGCUUCUGCAGAAGUAUCGGACUCCGGUGCUGAUCGCAAGCUGCGGCGGGGUUUUUGCAGCCAACAUGUUUUACCAUGUUCUCCCAGACAAGUCCUACCGGCAGCUCUAUCAGGCUUGGUACAAAGGAGAGCAAGUCACGCUGUCGGACAAGUUAGAGGAUGUUUUCCAGCAGGUGUUGAAGGACUAUGGUGUCAGCUCAACCAAGAGUUUCUCUGCCUUUGCCUCUUUUGGGUUCCAUCCAGUUGGUGCUGGCAUCCCGUGGCUUCCUGCGGGAGCCCAAAUUGGCAUCCCGGCUAACUUCAACAGCACAGUCGAUGACCCGAGCGGCAUCACAAACCGCAGCAUUUUCAUCAACGGCAAAACAGUGGAGUGGGACAGCGAUACUGGCGCUGCACUGAAGGAGGCACUGCUGUUUUCUCCAGAGGCAAAGAAAUUCUCCAUAGCGCGAGAGGUUGCCCGCUUACAGUCUGGUGGACCAAUUAUGAGUGGUGCGGUUGCCCCAGUCUGUCUAGGUGGAGUUUGGGUGUACAGUGUGGUGCUGAAACAGGUGUUUGGGAUCCACACUGGGCCCCCGCUGCUCCGCGGGGCUGUGAAUGCUCUGGCGUUGGGGCUCGGCGCUGUAUCCUACCUCCUCAUUUCAGAUUCUGUCGGUCAGUGGAUUGAUUAUAACUCAGACCGGCGUGCGGCUGGACUGUCACGCGAAUAUGCCAAGGGAGGGUUAGAGUUUUAUGAUAAGAUUCUGUCCAGAAACAAGACGCUUCGCACCCUCAUGGGGCAGAAGGGAGAGGAGAUGUAUGCGCCCAGUGGGAACUUGUUUCCUGCUCACCUCCUUCAGAUGAAACACACACCAUACACGUCCAGGAGGGAAUGGAUCCUCACUAUUCUGAAAGAGGAGAAGGCUUGAGUAGAAAUGGGAGGGAGGCUGUAUUUAAAGAUGAAAAAUGUCUCCAGGCUCCAUCUGAAUAACUGUAAUGAUCCACUGAAAGCUUUUUCAGCAAUCUCUGAAGACUGUCGUAAUAUAUUGUGGUGGGAGGGUUGUCUGAGCUUUUUUAAGCAGGAGAAAAAAACAUCCAAAAUGAUUAUCAUAUUUCUCAUAGAAAUAUGUAAUCUCAUGAGUGCUUAAUGUUACUUAAUGUUCAGUUUGAUUCAUCAUGAAGUGCAGAACAACUCAAAUCACAAGACAGUCUUUUGCUGCCAGUAUGACUGUUUGCAUAUUUAUCAUAGUAGAUUUAUGGAGGUAAUUGCAACGUACAAAUAAACGUUUUUAAAGCUUG